CGUCCGUCUCCUUCUCUUCCCUUCCUCACUCCACCGCCAGCUUUUGUGCCUUAACGCGCCUGUCGGCUCCUCCGGCUUCCCUCCCCUCCGUCGCUUCCAAACAAUCACCGUGUUGAUGCUCAUUAAUUCCUCUUGAGCUAGCUCUUAUUAUGCGCCUCCGAAUUUUGUAUCCUCGCAGCUGUGAUCUAUGAGAAGUAAUGGACCUCUCUCGGCAGGAGUAUCCGGCGCUGCUGGCCUCUUUGCAGCCCAGCCAGGCGACCAAUGUGCUUAACGAGCGCAUUCGCACCAUAAACAAAAUCAAUGCGGACAUUGCGGACUGGCUCCAGGAACGUCGACGCAUUGAAGAAGUAUAUGCUCAAGGCCUAAGAAAGCUUGCGCAUCGCCCACAGUUAGACAAUGGAGCGGCGCUAGGCGUAUUUCAGAUCCCAUGGCAACGCAUCGUCAGUGCUACUGAAUCCAUAGCGCUCUCCCACGAAACCUUCGCGCAAAAGAUCGAUGAGGAUGUUGAACGACCUCUGCGGGAAUACAACAGCAAAAGCCGUGAACUAUCAUCGAUGCCUGGAAUCCAGAGUGACCUUGCGGCGUUGGCGAAGAAUUACGAGACGGCGCAGAAGAAGGUUGAGAAGGCCAGGGAAAAGGGCCCCAAGGGCGCCGACAAACUAGCCAGUGCUGUGGCUGCUGCCGAGGAGAUCAUCCAGCAAUGGGACUCAAGGGCCCCGUUUGUCUUUGAACAGCUGCAGGCGGCAGAUGAAAGUCGCCUCAAUCAUCUAAGGGACGUCUUGACUCAAUUGGAGACCCAUGAGUCCGAUCAGGUGGAACGCAGCCGUCAGGCGGCUGAGAGCUGUCUCAAUGUUCUCCUCAACGUCGAAACAGCAGACGAAAUCAAAACAUUCGCGGCAAAAGUUAAUGGCGGACGACCAGUUGCUCCGCGGAGACAGCAGGCCGCCUCCCCUCCUCCCGUAGCCCCGCUCUCUCCUCCACCGCACCUUCAGGAUGAUGCUGCCAGCCAGCGCUCGGAAACGUCGGGACCAGCCAGAGCGCCUCCCGUUCCUGAGCCUCGCCACAGCACUCCUCUCGGGGGAUUGAAACGACUAGGAACGGUGAUGAAUCGACGUCGGAGUAUUGUACAGCCUUCCGGCGGUGGUCCGUUCUUCUCAGACAAGAAACACCGAAGCCCAUUUGCUUCUUUCAAGAGAGGGGAUUCGCGCGAUCUGCAGAUUCCGGAGACUCCGCCAGAAGGAUCUGAUCGUCCCGGCACCGCCUUGAGUACUCAAGAGGGCCAUUCUGGAUCCUUGAAUAUUCCAGGAGAAUUUCCCGAACACGAAGAAGACUUCAAUAGAUCAGCAUCUGGUCCAGUCUCUCAACCAGCACCUGCCGUGGCUAAUGGGGAAACCCCUCAUGAGAUUUCUAACGAGGCGAGUUCUACCGUACCGAAUGAACCACGAGUAGACUCGGAGGGCUUCUCGGAGCGGCCAGAUACCAUCGACGAGAUUACACGGGCUCAAAGAGAAGCGGCUGGUUUGGAAGAAAGUGGCAUAAAUCUGACCAUCCGAGACCAGCCGAUCUUCGAGGAUGAAGAUCAGGCUAAGCAGGCAAUGGAUGAUAUGGCCAACCAACUUAGACUUCGAGCUCAACAAUCGGGAACGAGGCGCAAUGCAGGUACUCUGCGCGGCCGGCGUGACGUCCGCAACACGGUUUUCAUUCCUAAUCCCGUCCCCGGAAGCGAGAACCCUGUCUCGCCCUCAGCAUCUGAUCCUCCUGUGCCACUUUCUCCCUCAGCGCCUUCGAGGCAUGUCCAUUCACCCACUGCCGCUACAGAUGACCAUACGCUCUCCGACACCACGUCGAUUCGCUCGGGGCAUACAUUGCACAGCGCAUCGGGCAUUGUCGCCCACCCAGAGCUUCACGGACCUGGUCUCAAUGCUUCGAUAAUAGAUACCGUCAGUGCAUGGUUCUCUGAAGGAGCCAUAACAAAGACCCACGUUAUCGGCGAACUUGCUCUUGCCUACAACCCUAUUCCCGACACGCCGGCAGAAACUGCUCGAGUUCGACUCGACAACUUCCAAAUAUUGGAAAAGGUAGCCGCUAACCCACACUUUGUCAGCGAAGAGAAGAACAAGGGGCUAUCGGAUGAGCAAAGAGGCCAGUACAAAAUCAACCUAAGUGGCAUUACUCGCCCCUCGCCGACCGUGGCUUUCAAGUACCAGAUUCACUUUGAUCCAGUGAAUGCUUCGAGCUAUUGCCCAGUCAUCUUCAAACCAGUCUGGAACAUCGAAGAUAUGCAGGCCAGUGUAAUCAUCUUCUACUCCGCCAACCCUUCAUUCCCAAAGGGAAGUUCGAUCAACGUCAAAAAUCUAUUAUUGACGGUCAACCUUGACACAUCCCCUCUUGAAGACCGAGAGGUGGCCCAUGCCACAGCUGCUGUCAUGUACCCCAACACGGGAGCCACGUUCCGACGCAAGCAAUCGGCGGUGACUUGGAGGCUUCCUGAACUUGAUGUCACAGCAGGAUCUGAUGGCAAGUUUCUCGUUCGGUUCUCGACCGGAACCAGUGGGCCGCGGAAGGGUAAAGUGGAUGCGAGAUUCGAGGUGCACAGGAUCGAAGAUGGGGCCCAACUAGGAAUCAGCACAGCUUCUUCACCCGAGCAAAGCGUACAGAAGAGCACUGAUCCUUUUGCGGACGAGGAUUCAGGAACGCCGACUGCGGAUGCGGGUUCGUCUUCCGAAUGGAACAGAGUCCCCACUCUGCGCAAACUGGUCGCAGCUAAGUAUGUCUCAUCUUGA